GGGUUCGGGGACUCGGCGCACGGUCGGGCAGCGGAGGCGAUUGAAGUCCCACGGAACAGCCGCAGAGUGGCCUCAGGUCAAGUUUAAGAAAGUAAGCAAGCGGGAGGAAGACAUUGCAAAGGCACAGCCCGAGCUAGGUUUUUGCAUUAUAGGGAGACAUGGGCAAUUUCAAAGGUCAUGCUAUGCCUGGGACCUUUUUCCUCCUCUUUGGCUUGUGGUGGUCAGUGAAGUACCCACUAAAGUAUGUCUGUCGAAAGAACAAGAAUGCUUGUUACCUUGGUUCCAGGGCAGGAUUUCAGCGUUUGGAAUUUAUUGAGGGGAUUGUCAAAGCAGUAUUCGCCUUGAUUGGUAUGAUAGCUGAGCAGUUUGUUCCUGAUGGGCCUCACCUGAAGUUGUAUAAUUAUGAGGAAAAACACUGGGAUCACUUGAUGAACUGGCAGCAUGCCACUAUGUAUCUCUUCUAUGGCAUCUCGGGGCUGGUUGACAUUAUGGCUCAUGGCACCAGUGCAUUGCCAGUGGCCUUGGAUAGGCUGAUGCUUUCGUUAGCAGUUUUCAUUGAAGGUUUUCUCUUUUAUUACCACAUACAUGGGCGAGCCAUGCUGGAUUUUCAUGUUCAUCAGUUACUUUUAGUGGCUAUCUUUGGAGCAGCUUUUUGCAUAUUUCUGGAAGCCUUCUUCCGUGGCAGCAUUGUACUUGAGAUGCUCCGGACGAGUCUCUGCAUUCUGCAAGGUAGCUGGCUCUGGCAGAUUGGCUUUGUACUUUACCCUCCAAAUGGAAGACUGGAAUGGAACCAAAUGGAUCACAAUAAUAUGAUGUUCUUGACAAUGUGCUAUUGCUGGCAUUAUGCCUUUGCUUUUCUUAUUCUUGCUGUGAAUUACGCUAUUGUCAGCUGGGUAGUUCGUUCAAAGAUUAAACGGUCCCAGUCGAUGGAGAUGGGAUUACUGAAAACAUCUGAACGAGAUAUGGAAUCAGAAGACGAAAUCUAGUUUUGUAUAAAUUCUGUUUUACCACUUUGCCUUCUUCACUAUUAGGAUAUUUUUACCUCAUUUCUAGACAUGUUACAAUCUUGUUUGUUCUUCAUAUAACUCGCUGUGUAAGUAUCAUCCUCAAAGUACUGUAUAUUUGUACAUGAUUACAUUCUCAUUUGCAGAGUGUAGGUCUGAGAUUAAUUUGUGGUGUUUCCUUUAGUACAUUGUUCAUCACAUGCUUUAAUGGAAAAAUAUUUUCCUAUUAGAGAACUUAGAUUGGAUGGGAUGACAUUGUCAAGUAAAAAUCAAUUCAGCCCAUUAAUAGCUUGACUAAUAUGUCGUCCUACUGUAAAAGAAACUGGUAAAUUUCCAUAUAGUAAUAUGUCAAAAAAGUUGAAUUGCCAGGCAUGUGCAUAAAAUAAUUGUACACAACUUUAAAACAAUAGCAUAAGCACAUUAUUGACAGAGACCUAAUCUGCAUUCUCAAGUGUAUUGAAGAAUGUCUUUGCUUGUAGUUUCAGAUGAAAUUGGGGAAAAAAAUCCCUGCAAAUUGCAAAACCAUGUGGCAUUUCUCUGCACAGUCUGUCUUUGUUCCUUACCACAUGUGCUCCACCAGAUUUCUGCAAGGGGAUCAAAUAAAUGUAGAAAUGACCAUUGGUCGCUCAUCAUGAGGGGAAGUUACUCAUUGCAGUGACUUGACACUCCAAUCACCCUGUGCUUUAACAAGCAGUAAGUACAUUGACACUACUUUAUAGCCAGGGACAUUGGAAUAAUAUUUAUGGUGGAGGUGCUGAAAGCCAUAGAACAAAAACAACCGUGUAUGUGAUGGAAACUUUAUGUAUGUGAUUGUCAUUACUACUUCAAGCCAAGGGGUGCUGCCACACCCCAAGCACUGUUUGUUCCACACCUUUGUUCACAGCAAGUGUAGCAACUGUGUAAAUGCUGCUGUGUGUCAAACAGGGCAACAGCAGAUGUCCAAGUUAAUUCUGUACCCUAAAUUUAUCUUCUUUCCCAUACUGCCAUGUAGUGGGAUUUCAGUAAGGCAAAGGGAGUGGAUGCAGUGCACACAUUCACCUGCUGUGCUCAGCAGUGGCAGCAUAUGCGUUUGGAUGCAUCCUGCAGCUGAGGGACCUGCUCUGUUCUCCCUGCACUCUUCUGGGGGAUGUUGAUCACUAUAGAAUAGAGUGCUUUGUGGACACACAUACACAGUGAUCAUUUUAAAAUCAACUCCACAGGCUUCUUUAUGCAAUUUCUGAAUGUAAAGUAGUUUGCAUUGUACAAAUGUUUCUGAGGUGCACCAGAUUCCUUCAGUUCUUGCUGCAGUAAUGAUGCAGUCCAAUAUGAACUGGAGGAUUAGGAAGUGAAUAUAAUACAUGGCAAAGAACAUUAGUGAGUUUUAUUGCAUGGAAGCAUACUGCCCCCAGAGGGUUGAAUACUUGAAGUGCAUCUGUAAAAAAAUCUUUAAAAAGGCCUAGAGUAAGUAACUGGGCAUAAUUGAGCAUCUGCUAUUUGGGUGUAAUAUGAACAGCAAUAUUCAGGUGUAAUAACAGCAAUUUGUAGCAAUUCCUGUUAUUGUAAUAUGAAAAUUCCAGCCCAGUGGGACUGUAACUAGAGACAUACUUUUUUUUUCUCUCUUAAUGUUCUCAUGUUUUCAUCAUACACUUCAAUGCAAAAUCCCAGUUCUGCAGUCCUUAUGUAAGCAGUCACACUUACUAUUCAUAGAAUCAUAGAACACUAGGACUGGAAGGGACCUCGAGAGGUCAUUGAGUCCAGUCUCCUGCCCUCAUGGCAGGACCAAGCACUGUC